UAUUUUACUAAGUUAAAUCAAAUCAUAACAAUCCUUUAUAAAUCAGUGUACAAUUGGAUAGAUUAGUCAUAUGAUCACACUUUUAUUUAAUAAAGAAAGCCAAAAAACCGUGUGGAGUGUGAGGCGUGAACCAUGAAGUUUCUUUUGUCGGCUUCCCUCUCCUGUGAGUGGGGCCAGAGAGUCUAUAAUCCACGAGGAACCUUCCUAAACAUGAGGUGGUCUUGGGUCUACCUAUCUCAGGAGCUCCAGGACUUUCUAUUUCAUUAACUCCAUAUAUAAAGAUCCAGACUUUGUUUGACAUGGAGCAUGUUCCACCUUCUCCUUUUCUCUCCUUUUCUCUAGUUUCUUUCUUUCUAUAAUUUCUAUUUCACAACCCAGCGAUUUGUCUCUUUUGCUUCUCCAAGCCAAUGGCAGAAACUUCUCAUUCUGUGACUAGGGCUGCUGCAACACUUAGUAGUAUGGGUGCUGCCCAACAUUCCAACAUGGAUUUCUGGUACGAUGUCUAUACUAAAAAUCAAGAAGAUUCAGUAGUAGGGCCUUCGAGGCUGGAUUACGAAUGGGGCUAUGUUUUUGGCAACUCAUCGCCUAAGACAAAGAAGAGGAAGAAGGAUGUGGGCAGCACCAGUACCGCAUGUAGUAACAGUGAUCUUUCAGAGGCUCUGUCUGCAAUUUCUGCACAUCUGAGUCUAUCUUCGUCUGGAUCAUCAUCUAGAGAAGGAGAUCAGUAUCAAGAUACUGAUAAGGAUGUUGCUGGAUUCAUGAAGAAUCAUGCUGGAAUUCCUCAAGAUGAGACACUGGAUAAUUCAAUGGAAAACUGUUCAAGUUUUGACACUCAUUCAAUGUCAUCAGAGAGUGAUGAAGAUGAUGAACUAUCAUCUAAUAGCAAUGAAGAUGAGAUGCAAGCUGAAGGAACUCAGAAAGAUCAUUUUCAAGUACCAGAACUUGGAACGGCAUUCUCUUCUGAAGGCGAGGCUUAUGAAUUUUACAGUAGAUAUGCUAAAGGAAUUGGCUUCAUUGUAAGAAAAGGAAAGGUGCGACGAUCAUCCAAUGGAGACAUUCGAGAACGGUUCUUUUUUUGUUCGAGAGAAGGGUUUCGGUCAAAGAAGCAAGCAAAUAAGCUAACCAAGUUCAAGAGAAAAGAAACUAGAACAGGCUGCAGAGCCAGGAUGAGGUGUACAGUUGAAAAUGGAAAAUGGGUAAUCUCCCAAUUUUCUCAGAAGCACAAUCAUCAACUAUAUGGUUUCACUAAAACCUCUGAGCCCAACUUGGCCUCUAGAGAUGAAGCUACAGUGGCAAAAGAUGCUGGGGCAGUGAAAUAUUUUGAGUUUGCCAAGAUGGAUUUCAUGGCGUCUGAACGGGUUUCCACGGAGGAAUCAGAUAGGGGGUUUGAUAUCAACCGGCUACCAGUGGAGGAGGCAGAAGAAGGGGCGGCGCUGUCAUCUCCCAACAGCGGUAUGUCAUCAUUUCGGAUGGAUUUUGGGAUUAGGAGCAGCGGAGGUGGUAGAUGCAAUAAAAGAGAUACGGAGGCUUUGAAGAAACUCAGACUUUCUAAAGAGCAAUCAGCUUUCCUGGAAGAAAGCUUCAAAGAACACAGUACCGUCAAUCCUAAACAAAGGCUUGCUUUAGCAAGGCAAUUUAAUCUUCGUUAUGACCAAGUGGAAUUGUGGUUUGGGAACAGAAGAGCUAGCACAAAGUUGAAGCAGGCAGAGGUGGACUCUGAGUUUUUAAAGAGAUGCUGCCAAACACUGACAGAAGAGAACAGAAGGCUGCAGAAGGAAUUGCAAGAAUUAAGAGCACUGAAAGCUUUUCACCUACCCGAUUUUUAAGCAUAUAGAGAAAGAGGGCGAGAAGCAAGAGAAAGGGGGGCAUUAGGAUUGGUGAAAAUUGGUCAGGGUCUUUAGAUUGGGUGGCUCUAUGGUUAUCUUGGACUGAAAAUGUAAUGGGCCAAUCCUCUAUUUUGCCGAUCUCGAUCGUGGCUCAUGGUGGCUCACAGUGGUUUCUAGUGACUUCUUGUUUACUGACGAGGUUUAUCACAGGCUUCUUUCUGGGUUUGUAUAUGGUUAGUUGCAUGGUUUGGGUUUUUCAUAAAAUAUUUUGCUGAGGUUGAGUCUGGUGAUGAUGGCUUUGUUGAUUGCAUUUCUGGUCUGGUUGGUGGUUUUCCGAUGUGGUUGAGGGCAGUAGAUGGCCUAGAUGCUGAGCGUUGUUGUGCAGUGGGGUGAGUCUGGUCGAUUGGCACUGUUUGCAUGCGGUUGGCAAAGCUUAGGUUAUUUGAACAGUUUGAUCUCGAUUGUUUGUGCUUUGGGUUGUAUCAGUUUGAUUUGGUUAGUUGGAUUGUCCAUCUGAGUUAGGCCGAGUUUUAGCUUGGUAUAUUGCUCUGUUGUAGUUAAUUCUUAGCUCCAUAGGCCUUGAAAAAUGCAAUGGGUCUCGCAUAGGUCAGAGAAAAAAAAAACUUCCCUACCUUUUUACUUGCAACUUCCAGACACUACUCUCACCAUGUGCCCUCCUGAAGUAAGUGGCGAUUACUGCAACCGCCUCCGCCUCCGCCUCUGCUAGCGCCACUACUAAUAAUACUACUACCACCACCAUCACCAGCAGCAACAACAACAGUAAACACCCAGCGGCUAUCAAGGCCGCCACUACUACCAUCCUUUUAACUACCACCACUAGCAACAAAAAUUCUACAUCACCAUCACUGGUUAAUAAGCCUAGGUUAUAUCCCUUCACUGCCCAAGUUCACAUGUCCCAAGCUGAAGCUGAUUCUGAAGCUCACCAAGCUGCUUCAUGACACAUGGCCAAGGUGAAAUUAGUGACUAUAAAGGAAUGGGAAAAAAAGAUGGAACACAGAGAAGCACAACUCCAUAUUCAUAUGUAACUAUUUGGGAGUUACAUGGGCUCAAACUUGAAGGAAUUCUUUGUAAAACAUUCUAUUGAAGAGUGUCUGUUGACUGGUGAUGAGGAAUUGCAUUAGAAGAGAUUUUGCUAGAAAGAUCUCAAUUUUAUGGAACUAUAACUGAAUAUAGUUUGAAGAUUUAUUUAA